AUGGAUCGCACUGUAAUAUUGCUGCUGUAUGCUUUGGUUAUUGGGGUUUUAGGAGACCAGACUCCAGCCUUUGAUCGUACAGAAGCACCAUCAGUCACCUGGCCAAACUGGAUGUCUCAUCUUCCUGACCACCUGCCACUAUCAGCCUUAGCCAUACCAGGAACCCAUGACACAAUGGCUUUUUUUGGAGGUCCCCUUGCUGAAUGUCAAAGCUGGAGUCUAAAAAACCAAUAUGAUUCUGGAAUUAGAUUUUUGGACAUCAGAUGUCGUCAUUACCAAGAUGGGUUGCCUAUUUUUCAUGGUGUGUCCUACCAGCGUACCGAUUUCUUCCAGGUUCUCUUGGAUACUGUUAACUUUCUAACAGAGCACCCAAGUGAGACAAUUUUGAUGAGAGUGAAGGAAGAGUAUGAACCAUAUCAAAACACCAGGAGUUUUUACCAGAGUGUUUCCGAGGUUUUGAACCAGAUUGGAGCGCACUGGUUCCUUCAGUCAAAUAGCCUUCCAACAUUAGGCGAAGCCAGAGGGAAAGUGGUAAUCCUACAAGAUUUCUCAUCGAAAGGUGAAGGUCCAGAUUUUGGUCCUCCAUACCCUGGACCAAUGAGCAUUUCAGAUGCUUAUCAAGUUAGUGAUGACUCCGUGAAAUGGGCUGAAGUUGAGAGGCAUCUAACAGUUGCUCAAAAUGGGGAUCCUGAAAGAGCUUACUUGACAUACUGCUCAGGAGUCCACUGGCUUCUUUACACCCCAGAGUCUCUGGCUCGUAAGAUCAACCCAAGAGUUCUUGACUAUCUUAACCUUAAGACACCAUUGGGCAGCAGAAGGAGAUCAGUUGGUGUGGUUAUUAUGGAUUUUCCGGGAGCUGAACUGGCGAAACAAAUUGUUUUAGAUAAUUGGGUGUAA